AUGAAAGAACUGGAACAGUGGCAAGAAUCAAAUACGAUAAAUACUGAUAAGAAUCUGAAAGAUUUAUUCAAUGCAAAUGACAAAAACCAUGAUAAAGUAUUAACUAUCGCUGAAUUUGUUCCAAUGGCAUUGGUACUUACAAAAAGGCCAGUUAGUCAAAGUGAACAAUUUUUCAAGGCAGAACAAAAUCGUGAAAUGGCACAGCAAAUGAUGGUACUCAUUGAUCAAAAUAAUGAUUACAAAUUAACUGUUCAAGAAGUACACAGCUUUGCUAAUACAAAUGCGCAAGUCAGUGAAGAGGAAAUACUACAAACAUUUGCAUUCUUAGAUACCAAUAGGGACGGUUAUCUAUCGUUCAAUGAAUUAAUCACAUUGCCCGACAAAAUGGUAGAAUUGGUUCAUUUUAAGGAACCACCACCGGUUAUUAUUGAAUAA